AGAUGGCGCGUUUCAGCCGCCUAACCUGUCACGUUGGAAAAUGUAAAUCUUCAGUAGCUUUCCUCUGUUCAGCCGUUUACAGUACUGCAAAUAAAAGUGGAGACGUUUUUAAUCAGAAACACCACAUCGGAUAUGUGCGACCGUGCCGUGACGCUAUGAUUGACAGCUAGCAGUCGUAAGGUUUUUAAGAGUCAGGAAACAUGUCGCUCGUUCAGGGCUAGAAAGCGUCUGGUGUCUAUGAAUGAGAGAGCUCACAGCAAAGGUAAAUAACACACACACUCGGUUUAUGACCACAUAUUUAUAAACUACAACAGCCACAUAGCUGCGGGAAAGUACAAGGGUGAGAUACCAGCACAUGUUCAGAUCUGUCUGGAUUACGCACGGCCUUAUUUAGCCGUCAGCAAUCAUGGUCAUGUGUUUUUGGUGUAAACGGAUUGAAGGUCUGGUCGACUCUCUUGAGGAUAUCAUUUAUCGUUAGGAAAAGGAGAAAAAAAAACAUAAACUAGGGAUACAAACAGCUCAUGAUUUGUUAAUCUUUAACAUCUGUGUCAGGUCGUUUGUCUUCAACCUCAGUUACUGGGCAAAAGACCCACAUGAUCACACUUUUUGGUAGUGACACACUGGCACUGUGUCAGGUUUAAAGUCCACGAUCACAGGGGGCUCCAUACAGGGGACAGUCUCCGUGUUUUUAAUCCAGUUCUUGAAGCUCAAUAAAGGGAGGCAUGCGUGCUGGUGUCACUGGCACAAAUACACAUACACUGAUCAGGGGGGCAGCUCUGUAUUCCUGCAGAACUCUGUCAGGUUCACUGUAACUUCAAUAUUUGAGCUCAAACUGUGAAAUCUAGUUGUAUUUAUUUCCAGCAAAGUGAAGCAGCUAACAGUGAUUUAAGAUUUACUUGUGCAAAUUCCAUGCAACAAUGAACAAUGAACAAAGAACCUUAAAAUAUCCCCUUAAAUCCUCAGGUGGGAGAUCAGAUCCCAGGGGACACUGCUUAAAAUGUACAUCUACAUUUGCACAUCAUGAAGCAAACACACUUCCUGGUGCAUAAAUAGUAUAAGAUUUCAUAGGUUUUUGUGAUCUGGGGGUUGAAGAAGGUGCUGGUCUAUGAAACCUUUUCAUGGUUAUUAAUACUUCAAUUUUUUUAUGUCAUUGACUUAUUUUCCAUGUAGACAUGCUGUAACUGGGACCUCGCAGAGCUGGAGACUGUGUCACCAUGAAGGGCUCCAGCUCCAGAUGGGCCUUCUUCCUGGGCGUCCUGGUGGGGGCCUGCAGUGUCUACUUCUUUGCGCACCAGGUGUGGUUUGAGAAAAGCUACCCUGUGCUGUCAGAGACUCAGGAAAAAGCCAGCACCGUGGGGGUGACACCAAACAGCUGGAGGAAGGAGGGGGGUGCUCUCAUCAACCUGCUCCACCCUCACCAUGCAGGUGCUUAGUAUUCUUUCACACUGGCUUUUUAAUGAGGCACUUAUUUGGUGUGUAUGGCGAGAGAAAUAGAUCACCCUCCAUUAUCAGGUCCCGUGAUCCAUGCUAUUGUCUUGGUACAGUGAGGCAUAUCUGAACAGUGGCAAAUCCAUGCUGGGUAAAAUUCUCAUCCAAACAAGCCAUACACUUCUUAACAUCUCCCUACAAUCAAUAUAAUAAAACUGUUUCACUACAAUGUCUCUGCACCUUAAAGGGAUAUUCCGGUGUAAAUUAAUUUAGGGUCAAACACACCAUAACACUGACUUAGACACCCCGUCGAGAAACGAAUGUUGCCAACCGCUUGCUUCUGUAGUUAUACCAACUUUAGUAACGAUCGCAGGAUAGCAAUAACUGUGGUCUGAGGAGCCAUAAACAAACCUCAACCAAAACACCACUCUAUAGCCACAAAUAAGCCACAUCUUUUUAGCUUUGCCUAAUUUCUUUAGCAAAGAGACUAAACAAAACUCACCUACUCUCUUCUAGCAGCUGCUUGUUUAUAGCGAGACCUCAGGCCAGUCCAUUACAGACUGCAGCGGGGUGACGCAGCUCAAGGAAGAACAUUUAUGAUCAUUUCUUCAUCAUUUCCUUGAAGUAAUAAUCAUCAUAUUAAUCAUUUUGCACUGCAGACACGGUAGUUCUUCUGCCUUGGCGUCUCGUUCUGGUUGCAUUUACAUGAAGAAAUGAUCAUAAAUGUUCUUCCUUGAGCUGCGUCACCCCGCUGUAGUCUGUAAUGGACUGGCCCAAGGUCUUGCUACAAACAAGCAGCUGCUGGAAGAGAUCUCUUUGCUAGAGAAAUCAGGCAAAGCUAAAAAGAUUUUUGGUGGCUAGUACUAUGGCUUGGACCCUAUAUGUACUGUUGAUGAAGUUAGGUGCUGUUCUGAGCAUUAUUUGUGGCUAUAGAGUGGCGUUUUGGUUGUUUAUGGCUCCUCAGACCGCAGUGUAUUGCUUUCCCUCUUGCCUCCUCUAGAGAAGCAAGUGGUCGACAACAUUCAUCUCUCGAGGGGGUGUCUAACUCGGUGUUACGGUAUGUUUGACCCUAAAUUAAUUUUACCCUGGAAUAUCCCUUUAAGAUCAGCAGUCCAUGAUGACAAUACCUGGUGUCUUAUUCUGUCAUUAGUGCCUUUAGUAAUCAUUACUCAAAGAUUUUUUCUCAUCAGUCAUUUAAGUGGUAAAAAGGAGUGAAAAUAGGAAUUAGGGAUUUAACUUUGUUGUGUUGUUUGUUGUGUUACUGUAGAUGAAGACAGCCGGGUUGCAGAUCUGUUGUACCAGAAGGUGCGUGUUCUAUGUUGGGUGAUGACAGGGCCGUACAACCUUGAAAGCAGGGCCCAGCAUGUCAAGGCUACCUGGAGUCGCCACUGCAAUGUGGUGGUGUUUAUGAGUUCAGUGGAGGACCCUGACUUCCCCACAGUAGGACUGGGCACUAAAGAGGGCCGGGACCAGCUCUACUGGAAGACCAUCAAAGCCUUUCAUUAUGUCUACGAGCACCAUGUAGAUGAAGCAGAUUGGUUCUUAAAAGCGGACGAUGACACCUUCGUUGUGGUGGAUAAUCUGCGCUGGAUUCUGUCCAACCACACCCCUGAGGAGCCCAUCUACUUUGGCAAACGCUUCAAGCCUUAUACAAAGCAAGGUUACAUGAGCGGAGGGGCGGGCUAUGUGCUAAGCAAAGAGGCUCUGAAAAGAUUCGUGGAGGGUUUUCGGACCAAAGUUUGCACACACACUACCCCUGUAGAGGACCUGGCACUUGGGCAGUGUUUAGAGAAGAUGAAUGUCAUGGCAGGGGAUUCCAGGGAUACUCUGCAUCGAGAAACUUUCCAUCCAUUUGUGCCCGAGCACCAUCUGACUGGCAAAUUCUCCAAGACCUUCUGGUACUGGAGCUAUUGUUUCUACCCUAUUGUUGAGGCAAGUUUCUUUUCUUCUGCUUUACUAGUGAGCUUUUACUAUAAUGUAAGAGGCAUGAGUCAGAAAAAAAUACUAGAAGUAAACAAAGUUACUGCAUGAUGUUGUGCCUUCAUGCAAAUUUGGCCUCCCACUGUAUACACUACUCCCACUGUAACUGUUGACACUUGCAAAACUAAAUUCGCUACUUUAAUCUUUAAAUUAUUGAUCCAUAUAGGACUGCAAUGAUUUUACUGUGUGUUUAAUAUUUCAGGGACACUGCACAGUAAAAACUUCUUUUCAUUUGGCUGUCAAGCAGACAACUGCACUGUGCCACAAAAAGCCCUUUCGUUCUUGGCGAACAAAUCUUUGCAUAAAUGCACCCAAUAAUGGGAAUUCAGGGCCUUUGCACAAUGAGAACUGUCUCCAUCUGCUCUUAACAGCUUUUUGAUUAGUUUUAAAGCCAAAUCCUUUAACUGGCACAUACACCUCACUAUAUAGAGAGAGAAACAGGAAUUGUGGUAAAAGAGAGAAAAAGUGGGGCAGUGUUAAAAUCUAACUCAUGCUGGGGUAUGAUAUCUCACAGUCAGUGCAGUACCACUGUCUUUGCACAGCUGCCCUCCUAACUGUGCCAAACCUGCGCCCUAAGAAAACAACAGUUUAUGUGAACAUUUAUUUAAAUCUUCUGUUUGACCCAUAUCCUAUCUAUUGGAAUAGAGAAAGCAGAUUUUAUGACUUAUGGUGCAGCCAGUUGCCAGGGAAAGCCCUAAAAAUAUUAGCUUUUUUUGGGGGGAGCUGUUAAGUCGUCCAAUUUUUAGAAAUCUGUUGUAUUGUAUAUUGUCUGCACUCAUCUAAAGAAAGUUGCUAAAGUGAGAUAGUAAUCCUUCCUGUCAGAGGCUUUCAGCAGCAUAGCCCUUAGAAAUAACAAAUGGACAUAAUAAUUAACCAAUCAAUAUUUAUAUAGCACCAUUUCACAACAAGUGUUAUCCCCAGAUGCUUGAUAAAAGAGACCAUUCUUUAUUUCCAAAUACCCAUCUUCACAUAUAAAUGAUAUGUGAAGAUGGGAUAAGAUUGGGCCCCAACUUAUGAGAUCAGACCCACUCCCAUCCCAUUUUCAACCACAUGAAUGUGACACUUUGCAGCAUUUAGCAAGUUACAAUGGAGAAGAAAAAAGUCUUUUGAACAGGCAGAAACUUUGAGCAGAACCAGACUCAUGUAGAAAGUCAUCUGCUGAGACUGCAUUGAGUUAAGAGAGGGAAGAAUGAGAAUGAGGGAGAGAUGCCCAAUGUGCCAGUACCCCUGACAGUCUUAACCUAUAGCAGCAUAACUCAGAGCUGGUUCAGGUCUGGACCAGCUCUAACAAUAAGCUUUAUCAAAGAGGAAAGUUUGACGUUACUCUUCAAGAUAGAGAGGGUGUCUGCUAGAUCAUGUUAGACUGAUACCCUCUACUGCAGUUAUGUCAUUAAAAAUGUCUCUCUAAGGUGUUUGGGGUCGGGAAGAAUAACUUCAGUUUUGUCAGAAAAAAGUUCCUCAUCAUUUAGAUCUUUUAUUUCUGUAGGCAUUCUUCAAGUGAAGUGAAUCUAAUGGUUUCUCCUGGCUUCAGUAAUACAUUUAAUUUAAUAUCAUCUGCAUAGAAGUGAAAAUUGAUGGAAUGUUUCCUGAAAAUAUUUCUCAUGUAUAUAAGGUAAAGAGGAUUGGUCCUAACAUCAAACCCUGUGGAACUCCAUAACUGACCUUGAUAUGUACUGAAGAUUUUUUUCUUAACAUAUACAAACUGUUAAUGAUGAAAUUAAUAUGAUACAAACCAAACUAAAGCAGUUCCAGAAAUACCCCUUUGUUGUUCUGUAUCAGGAUUGGAUAGUCAUUUGUUCUUAAGCAGCACUUAUUAGCAAUUUAAUAAUUGGUAUGUAAAGCAUGCAUGCAGAAAUUUCAUAGUACUAUGCUUCGUGUUUCACACAUUUUACUCAUUUAGGUAAGUGUCUUAACACAGACACACAUGACAAAAGAAAAAACUGAUCAUUUGGCUAGUAGGAAGCUGUUUCGUCACCUUUAUAUUUGUCAACCAAAAGGGAAGUUAAAUCCUCAAAAAUAGCAACGGUCAUUGUACUAAAAAUAUUGCACUGUACUUAGGAUGAUCACAGUUGACCAGUGUUGAGGCACACACCAUAUCAAAUAACAUUUCUGAUUUGAUCCAAUUUGCUCUUUUUUCACACAGUAAGUUCUGUAUCUACACUGAGAGAAAAUUGUUAGAAAAGAGCGGCAAACUGGCACAAACAAUUCAAGUGCAAGGUGGUGUGCAGUGAGCUGUUUCAACACACAGACCUCCUGCAGAGUGGAUUAGCCUAAAUAAGCAGGGCCAAAUCAGUUGGGUAGACAUGCUUUUCAGGGCGUUGAUCCACUGGCUGAAUCCUUUAACAUAAUUAAUGUACAUCUGCUCUUCCUCUGACAGAAAUGUUCUUUUAUUUUUCAAACGUACAGCAGCAACCUAUUUUCCAGCUGAAAGUGAGUUAGUUUGCAGCAUGCUGUGAUUUUGCUGUUGUUGUUUUAAACUAAAUAUAUGUUCAGUCAGUCAAUAAUGACUCAUCACAGGGAUAAUAACAAAAUAAAUGAAAUGUGAUUAUCUGGCACUUUUACAUUCCGUCCCUGACCCCUUCAUUAAACCAGUGAAUUAAAAAAGAAUGAGUUCAUUUUAAAGUAGAUGAUUGUAGCAAAGACAAUGUCCUGUCAACAAAGGAGAAAUUGGUCAAUUUGUUGCUGAUGAUGCAACUAAUUCAUUGUACUUUGCAAUUAAAAUGAGACAGGUCUAUUACUGAAGCUGUCACACCCUGGCUGCUGUUGUGCUGAGAUGCUUUGUUCUCAGCGGUUUGAAAGGGAAAUAUCAAAACAAAUUUACUCUUACUAAUAAUUAUAUAUUUUUUUAUCUCUCUUAAAAUGGAAAUUUGUGGUUUCAGAAAUGUCAGUGUAUAAUGAUUCAAAGGAGAAGGCAUGUAAUACUGAACAUCCUCCUUGUUGGGAAGUAAAAAGAAAAAGACCAAAAAAAUGAACGGCUUACUACAUAUUAGAUUAUAGUAGUUAGAUAUAUCAUGAAGUAUGACAGCACAUACAUUAUAACAGGUAGGACUUCUCACUUUCUGGUUCACAACAAAGAGACAAUAUUUAAAUACUCCAUGUUUACUUCUUAAAGGAUUUAAGAGGAGAGUGUUUGUCAAAGUAUCAAUGCAAUGUCCUACAAGUAUUGCCCUGCACUUAGGAUGAUUUUUAAGCCAAUACUGAUCAUUGGUAAUUACCUGCUUCUAAUGGCGAUUAAAGGCAUGGUUGACGAUCUGAGAAGCAGUUGAGGCAGAUUUGAAAAAAGUGUCCCACCCUCCACACACAAACCUCUCCCCUCUGUGCUCCACGAUAACUCCCCCAAACCUGUAUCGCCCUCCCCCUCUGGCAGAGCAAGAAGCCGGCCUGCAGAAGAUCCUACGCUAGCUUCAAAUAGGAUUCAUCAUGUCGGUUUGCUUGUGACUGUCCUGCAGCUGCCUGGAUAGCUACCUUGUUGACUUUGCUGAGACUAAUAAGAGUUAUUUAUGUAACAUGUGCCACGAUAAAAGGUAAAAAUUACCUGUUCAACAAAAACUCUGCUGUUUUGCCGUCUGUUUUCAGGGCCCAAAUCCUGGCGGAGCUUUCUCCACCGCUCGAAGGAUGACCCGAUGUUUAUUCGAGUUAGAAUCCUCGCUCGGUCACAUUCCCUCUUCGACUCUGCUCUUUCUUCUGUCGGCUUGUGUUUUCUUAGCACUUUGGGUGGUGGGGCAAGCAGAAGUUUUUUUCUUUUUCUUUUUUUUUUUUUUUUUUUUUUGCAUCCCUCUACAUCAUAGCUCCUGAAGCUAAGCUGCUACGCUACUUUUAGCUGCUCAGAGCUCCGGCAGGGGACGAGUCGGAACUAUGGGAGGAGGGGUGUGUUGAAUACAGCGAGGUGAUUGGAUGGAGAGGCGGAGCAGAAGAUUGACCAAUAGGAGCUGUCUGGGACCGAUGGCUCCCAUUGGUUAAUUCUUUUUUCUAUUUACUUUGUAGAGAUCGCACUAUAGGACCAUGAUCGCAAUAUAAACAAGGUUCAUAAUAAUUACCAAUCUCUCCAAUCAUCAAUCAUGCCUUUAAGAUUACCAAUUUUCCUUCACACAUCUUUGUGGAGUUCUUUGUACACAUCUUUGUACAAACUUGAGGGAAAGAAAAGCUAAGCUGUACUGACCAAACAGGAUUUGUUUUAUACCAGUCAGUCAUAGUUACUUUUGUAUGGCAAAAACUGUAUAACCCUUCCUCCAGAACCUCAGUCCAAUGUGUACUUUCACCUUCCUCUGCCUUAGCAUGGUUUGAGCUUCAUACAGCCACUGGGUCAUCAAACUAAGCUUACUCACUGGACUAACAGCAGAAGUCCACAUAUCCAUGGUGAAGCUUGGGUCAUGUUGCUGAUGAGACUGAAUUUGUGUGGGAACCACGUCAAACAGGGCAGGCUGGGAUAUGUUUAAAAGCAAAAAGUCUCAGCUCAGGAGAGUAUACACAGGUUCCAGGUCCUCUGCCACAGAGAUUGGUUGAUCAUUAAGCGCAAUAAUACAGCAGCUGAGUCAUUUAUUGGUUUUGCCUACACGGAAAACUUUCUGCAGCCUGCAAAAGCCUCUAGUAUAGGCACCACAUCACUUGUCUUUCUUAGUGCUAAUGCUAGCUUCAACAACUGCUGCUACUUCAUAUUCCUUAAUAACAUCUCUGUGGGCAUUGAGUUUGUUGGUGAUUUGCAAAAUUGGUUGUGUUAGACCUUGAAGACCUUUCCCCCUCUUUGCGGUACAUGUUUUUAAAAUUUUGGCUUAAUUGUUCUAUUGACUCUUUUGUUAGCUUGUGUGAUAGUAAACCCACCAGCAGCCUGUUGAAACUCAUCUAGUUGACUCAUGGAGUUGAUUUUAAUACAAGUCCUGCCACUACAAAGACAAAUAGCCAACCAUAGUUUAGAGUUUUUGGGGUGGUCUGUCAGAUUUCAAGGCAGGGCCCCCUUGCCUUUCAGCUUUUAUCCAGAUGAAACUUCAGAUUCUGUUUUUGGUUUAGCUCAAAGACACUCUCCAGAUGCUUAAUAUACGACUUAUGCAACACUGCUCUAUUAAUAUGCAGACAAGAAUAGUCCCCAACAAAUGCAGUGUCUUCUCCUGUCUGAGUAAAGAUUAAUUUUCAUUGCUUUACUGCUUUAUUGAUUUUAGGAAGAUACUCAACCAUUCAAAAACUGAGCCACAUGAACUUGUUGCUGUUACAUUUAUUCAGGCUUGAGGCUGAAAGCUCUGACUGGUAUUUAUCUUGUUCUUAAGAUUAAUAUCAAUAGUGAUCAGUUUUGGUUUGCUGCAAAGAAAAUUAGCUGAUUUAGGUUCGAUAAUUACUGAACACAGUCACUUAAGUAGGAAUCCCAUCAAGCUAGCUCAGGCAGUCAACUCCAGCUGCAUUGAAUUCACAAUAGACGUGCCAUUCUCACAAUCACAUGACAAACACACGCCUAACUGGGCGUCUUGUUUAAGCUCAGAAUUUCUGUUCCUUGUUUCUGCUUGCUAUUGCCUCUACCAUGUGCUUAAGUGCUGCACUCACAUUUUUAGCCCCUCCAGCACCCUGUCAUCCACCUGCAGGCUCCAGCUGAGAGGUUUAAGAUAAGGGGCUCUAUUUUGGUGCAUCGCCGGAGAUCUGCCGCAAGCGCAGCGUCAAUCAGAUCCGCCGCGCUGACAAGGCGUUCCCAAGCACAUUUUGGUAUUUUGGUGAGCCGCGCAGCCUGGCGUAAGUAUCCCCCCUCCCUAACUCAGCUCCUCCCGGCAGCAUAAAUCAUAGACGGGGAGGAGAGGGGGUUUAACACAGCCGAGACCUGUUUUCACCAAUCACAUUAGCUCCUCUCCUCGCCUUUAAAUCCGCCACAGGCGAGGCGUAUUACUAUUUUCAUGAAGUAGUCAAAGAGAUCAAGAGAUGUCUGAAGACAGUUAUGCCACACGAUGGCGACAGAGGGCAGCUGCUCAACAAGUGUCCUCCACACUCUCUCAUCUGAGCACAGAUGGAUUUGGUGUGCGUAAUGUUGGACCCACUGGUAAGACAAACACCCUUUUCCACAAAUAAAGACACUCACAUAAAGUUGCAUAUAUUCAAACCUCACGUGACAAACGUGGGUUGAUCACAACAUAAACUCCAAAAAGGCAUUAAAAUCGGAACCAUCUGUGCGUAAAUGACGCAUCGCGCUCCGUGGCCUGGCUCUUUCUUUCAUAGAUGUUGGCAUAUAAAAUAAAUUUGGCUCACAAAACUGAAUAUUAUAAUAUCCGUAUGUCGGCUUAAAGUAGAUAACGCAUCUGAGCACUGAAACAAAUCAUUUGUUCAGCCGCAGCAGCAGCAGGAAGACGGACAGAGGACACGGAGACGUGUCCAGGUCGAGCUGUGCAAGAAAUAAGAGGAAGAAAGAAAAGGAGGGAGACACAUUACAUAUCUUGUUAACUUCAUCAUGUGCGUUUAUUUACUAGAUAUUUAAUUUAAUUUGAUGCAGUUUCAGCUGUAUUGAUUCGGUCAGGUUGUGUGUCCAAACGCGUGCCAAACGCGCUCAUCAGAUCAGAUAUAGAUCAGAAUAUAUCGAUAUAGAUCUAAAUGUAUGUGCUGACUCAGAUUAAUAGUUGUUGAUCAUUAUUUAAUGCACUGAAAUGUGCCUGACACUGUGGAAACCUGCCGGUGAGGCAUCAGCGACGUAUGUCGAUACGCCGCCGGUCUACCAAAAUACUACUGGACCAGCUGCGUUCCGCCUUGCGCUGAAAGCUGACCAGGUUUGAAUCGGCGAGCUUUCAGCGCACGUUACACGCCAGUGGCGAGCACGAAAAUGUCACUGCGCCAGCUGAUUCUGUCAACACCUCCCCCUGCCACGCCACCACGCCCAGCUUGGCGGAUCUCGGCUCGCCUCCGUGCGACUCAGUCCACGAAAAUACCAAACUCGCCUUACACCGGGCUCCGCCAGACGAAAAUACAACUGCGCGGGGCUCGCCGCCCUCCGUCGCCUCACCGGCGCGAACGAAAAUAGAGCCCAUUGUUUCAUCACUUCUCAAAAUUCAUAGUUUUCUGCUGUUGAUGCUGCUGCAUUAAACGAUUCAAAGCUUAAACAUGACAUUAUCUUCAAAAGUUGUUAGAAAAAGCACCUCAGUUCAAAUUCAUUGAGUGUGUUUUAAUGGCGUGGCACUGUUUGCUUUCUUCAAUCUUUUGUCUAACCUGUGUCUUGUGUGUAUUUGCUGUGCUUGCCUCCUCAGGGUCCACAGUGCUGCUCUGACCUGGCUGUAUCUUUCCAUUAUGUAGAACCAGAGCUGAUGUACACACUGGAGUACUACACCUACCACCUGAGAGCCUACGGUUACAAGCCACGCUACCGACCCUCUUUGAGGCAUUAUCAGAACCUACGCCCACUCUCACAGACAGCUAUGACGGUAAACCACAAAACUGCUCAGGAGGUGAUGGACAAGAAGAAUCGCACAACUUCAGCCCUCUCUGUAAAAGGAAACCAAACCAGAGUCGAGACAGAGUUGAAGGGGAAAGACAAUUUAAAACCUGGGCUGUUCAGCGGGAACAGAAGCACAGUCACACAUGGAUGAUUGUGUUUCAGCAGGGGUUGAAUGUGCACGACUGUCUGUGAAAGUUGUUUUUUCCCCUGCACAGUGUUUUUCUCUGUCAGGGCUUCAUUAGCAGCAUGUAUCAGCCAGUAAAGACUGUAAGCGCUCAGUGUGAGAGCUUUAAAAUUGAGAAUGAUUCUCUGUCAGACCGAAAGUUCCAUCUGCGUCUGUCAGACACUGAAUUGGCACAAAGGCACUAAGAAUGUUUGUUUUGAGAGUUUUUAGUUCCUGAUCUGAGCUAAAUUUGCAAAGCAAAUGAUUUAAAACAAAUUUAAUUUAUAGUUUGUUUUAUCAGCUGUUUGUUUGAAAUGUGAAGUACUGGCAAUUUUUUUUAAUCCUUUUUGUUAAACAGAAAGACUCAAUCUUAUUAUUAUUUUUUACUUCUCAGAUUUAUUGGUUUAAAUCUCAUCUCCAGGUGUUUCCUCUUAAGUUGACUGCUUUUUUUUUUCAACUUAAUAUCUUUUUAAUCCUUUUGAGCAGUCACUAUUGACUUUUAAUUCUCAGCCAGCAGGGAUGUGAUGUUUGUUUUAGUCGAGAGAAGCAGCACCUGUUGUAAAAAAUGUUUUUUCAUUUUACUUUUAAUGAUGUGAGAAUCUCUUGUUCAGUGCAAAUCCAAACCCUCCUGUGUAUCUGUGAAAGAAAACUGCAGCUUGUGAUGAACACAGUUUUACACAAAACUCUGAUGACUCCCUCUUGUCAAGUCAUCUCAUGAAUCCCAGCAGUAAACACUGUAACAGGUGUGGUUGAAUAUUUCUUUGUCUGCACUGGAGCCAAGCUUAAAGAAUUAACAUAAACAUAGUACAUGGAACAGUUCUGUAUAAAAAUUAUGUUUAUUUUGAACCUUGAAGAAAAUGAAUAACAUGGUAAAGAAAUAGCAUGUGUGUGGUUUAUCACUUCUAAUGAUUUCUGUCUUCAGAUAAAAGGAUCCGUGUAGAUUAUGGAUUCUAUCAUGAGCUAGCUAACAGGUAUACAGUGUGAAUCAUGUCUUUUAGUUAUUUUCAUCAGAUAUGUUCUUCAUUCAGUGUAAUCUUGCUGAUCCUGUGUCUUCAUUGUCGGAUGAAGGUCGCUUUAGCAUGAACCAUUACAGCCCUUGGAGAAACCUGCAACAAGACACACCAUGCAUAUAUAUUACUAUGACUAUUACUAGAUAUUAGAGUUUUAGAUGUGCAAAAUUCACGCCCAAGUAGUAAUUUACUUUUUACAUAUGGAAAAAAAGUCAGUAUCAGUGUUAUUAUUAGGACUUGGAAACUUGCUAAAUAUAUCCGGUCAGCUGUUUUUAAUGUAAGAUAAAUCUUGAUCUGGAGAGGGUGAGAUGUUCCAUCCUCAAUUGUAAAACAAGAGGUACUCACCUCAGCCUGCACUUGUUAAGAAAGAUGCCUCUCCUCUCCGGAUACUCUCUCCUCCAUGGACCAUUAUCUGUGAAAGCACAAAUUAGAAUUAGAUCAUAAGUAAAGUACCUCAAUUUUAAUGAUGACUAGUUCUGGAUUUUCAGCAAGGCCACUGAAUAUAUUUACAUCUUAUGAAACUGUACUCUCACCCGGUUCUGAGUUCCUCCUGCCCAUUAGACCAACAAAGAUGUCAUGCAUUUCCCCUAAUAAGAAGAAUGAGAAACAUUUAAUUUUGUCUGUUACAAGGAUUUCAGUGACUCUAAUCCAAACAUAGCAGGAAAAAAAAAGUCUUACUUUUCUGUGGUGGCGGUACAUCAUUUUCGUCUGAUGACAAUAAAAAGAAACCAAAAGGAAAAGAAAA